AUGUCUUCCUCCAUUCUACGUCAACAAUCCACCAACUGUUUCAUUUUCAACAACCAGCAGCAGCAGCAGGUGACUGGGUAUUAUCUGAGGAAGUUUAUGAAAGACAACCGUCAUGGAUGGUCAACGUCACUCUCCACCAUAUGUAAUGACAGAAUUGGAGCCAUCAGAGCUUCUGUUGUUGAGACCACUCCGUUACCAUCUUCUAUUUCAUUCCCACUUCUUCAACCUCCACCCCAACCCGAAGAUAUUACUGCUUCUGUG